AUGAGCGCUCCCAACGGCACAAACCUCAAGGCCACCGCGCCUGCAUUCCAGCCCUCGGCGCGCUACCACGCCGCGUCCUCGGAGCAGGCCAUUGCUCACGAGCACAAGUUUGCUGCUCACAACUACCACCCUCUUCCCAUUGUUUUUGCUCGCGCCAAGGGCACCUCCGUUUGGGACCCCGAGGGCCGUCACUACCUCGAUUUCCUCUCCGCCUACAGCGCCGUCAACCAGGGCCACUGCCACCCGGAGCUCAUCAAGGCUCUCACCGAGCAAGCUUCGCGCGUGACUUUGAGCAGCCGUGCCUUUUACAAUGACGUCUUCCCUCGAUUCGCCGAGUUCGUCACCGAAAUGUUCGGCUACGACAUGGUCCUGCCCAUGAACACUGGUGCCGAGGCGGUCGAGACAGCUGUCAAGCUUGCCCGCAAGUGGGGAUACAAGGUCAAGGGUAUCCCGGAGAACGAGGCCUAUGUUCUCAGCGUGUCGCAAAACUUCCACGGCCGUACGUUUGCCGCCAUUUCCAUGUCUACUGACCCCGAGUCUCGCGACAACUACGGCCCCUACCUGCCCAACAUUGGCUGCCACAACCCCGUGACGGGCGAGGAGCUCAAGUACAACGACAUUGAGGGACUGCGCAAGGCGCUCGAGGCCCAUGGCCCCAAGAUUGCUGCUUUCCUGGUGGAGCCUAUCCAGGGAGAAGCGGGCAUUGUCGUGCCCGACGACAACUACCUGCGCGAGGCCAAGGCGCUGUGCGAGAAGCACAACGUCUUGUUGAUUUGCGACGAGAUCCAGACCGGCAUUGCCCGCACGGGCCGCAUGCUCUGCAGCGAGUGGAGCGGCAUCAAGCCCGACCUCAUCCUGCUGGGCAAGGCCAUCAGCGGCGGCAUGUAUCCCGUCUCCGCCGUCCUCGGCUCCAAGGAAGUCAUGCUCACCAUUGAGCCGGGCACCCACGGCUCGACCUACGGCGGUAACCCGCUCGGCUGCGCUGUCGCCAUCCGCGCCCUUGAGAUUGUCAAGGAGGAGAACAUGGUCCAGCGCGCCGAGGACCUCGGAAACCUGUUUCGCCAGGGUCUGCGCGACAUCAACAACCCCAUGAUCGAGACCAUUCGGGGCAAGGGCCUGCUCAAUGCCAUUGUCAUUGACGAGUCCAAGACCAAUGGCCACAGCGCUUGGGAUCUUUGCAUGCUCUUCAAGGAGAAGGGUCUCUUGGCCAAGCCCACUCACGAGAACAUUAUCCGUCUCGCUCCCCCGCUCGUCAUCACCGAGGAGGAGAUCAGCCAGGCUCUGGCCAUUAUCAAGGAGUCCAUGGCGGAACUCCCCACCCUGACGGGCGACAAGCUCGACAAGAUUGUUCCCAACGGCGAGAAGAACAUCCACAUCAACCUUGACGACUAA